CUCUUCUUCUCCUCACCACCACACUCCUUCCUUCUCCGGAGAGGUUCGUCGUCCGUUCACCAGGUGCUCAACGGCCUCAACCACGGGAUGCCGUUGGAGGCGAUGCGGGCGGCGCACGAGCUCUUCCGGCUGUCAUGGUAGUGUGACGUCGCGCCCCACCUUGGUUAACUCAUCAGCGCGCCACGCUUGCUCAAAGCCAGCCAUGGAGUAUCUUGUGCGUGCGUGGGUGUGCGUGACUCGUUUUCUUCUGCCGGCAUGACGGAGCACCUCAUCUCCACGGCCGUGCACCACAUGCUGCCCGAGAGAUCCGGUCGGGUGGAGGCGGAGAGGCCGCGCCUGGAUCUGGAUGUGGUCAUCCGUGCCGCCGACAUCCCCGACGUUGUCGUCGGAGCCGAUCGCGCCUGCAUCUCCUACCGCUUCUUCCAGGUUCCAAUUCCACACCCAUCGACCACGCUCACCUCACCGUGCUCGCGUGACGUGGUGUGCGCUUCUUCCGUUCGCCAGGUGGAGGCGGCCUGGAUGGCGGAAGCCCAAGAGUUACUCGGGGUGUCGCCGGAGGAGAACGAGAAGGCCAAGCUCUGCUCCGACGACCCGACCGAGAAGAUGCGCCUCUCCGACAGCUUCAACGCUCGCGAGGAGACGGUGCGGCACAACUGGCUCGAGCAGUUCGUCCCGGAGUGGCUACCCGCCAUGAUGCUGGAGGAGGGCCACAUCAAGAAGUUCAUGAACCAACUGGUCGUCAUGCUGCAGAUGCCCGAGAGCUCCAGCCAUGCGGAGGCGGACGAGAUUGUCAUCCCGGUCAUUGGUGAACCCGCUUACCAUGACCGCGCUGCCGUCGCCACCAGCGGCUUCUCCCAGUCCCAGGCGCUCAACAACGGGCUGUCGGUAGAGAGUUUGAUGGCUAUGGCGAACGAGUUCUUUUGGCCGGGGGAGAAGGACGUGCGCAAGCGCAAGGAGACCGUGGAGAACUGGUGCGCCACUGUCCGCCUGCACUGCCAGCAGCUCCAGCACUUGCUCUCGGACUCGCCAGCCAAUCUAGCCACCUUCAGGUACCUACCAGUUGCUAAUGAGUUUGAUAACGCUUUUGAAUUAACGUUGCACUCUUUGCUUUACAAUCCUUGCGGGCCUUCUGAAAGUUUCCACUUAGCUAAAUGCAAGUCGCGUGAAUUUUAA